UUUUAAAAAAAUAAAAAAAUGAAUUUAAUUAAUACUGCAUUAUUUAUUAUUAUUUAUUAUUUAGUUUUUUCAUUAAUUAAAAAAAAUAAAAAAAGAAAUGAAAAUUCAUUAAAUGGACCAUUUGCUUUACCAAUUCUCGGGAAUGCUCUUCAGUUAUAUGGUGACAAACCUCACUAUAAAAUGGACGAGUUAAAAAAGAAAUAUGGAUCAAUUUUUAGAGUUUAUAUGGGCGAUUUGGAAACUGUCGUUAUUAGUGACUGGGAGAUAGUAAAAGAAAUGUUUUCAAAAAAUUUCGAUAAGUUUGGAGAUCGUGUAAAAGCCCCAACAACUAAGCACUUUAGUAAUAAUUAUAAUAAUUUAACAUUAAGCCACGGUGAUAAUUGGUUAGAAAUAAAAGAAUUUUUAACUAAUGCUUUAAAAAAAACCAAACUAAUUUGCUUUAAUCAGUUGUUAGACGAUCAAGUAACUCAACUAUUACAAGUUUUUAACAACUAUGCGGAUGCCAAAGAGCCAUUUGAACCACGUUAUUUUAUCCAACGUUUUUCCUUAAAUAUUAUUUUCAAAUUUUGUUUUAAUCAAGAUUUCUCUUUUGAUGGAAUUUCAAAAAAAUACGAUCAAUCAAUUAAUAAAACAGAAGUUGGUAAACACGGAGUUGGUAAUGGUAAAAGAUUAACAGAGCUACUAGAGUUAAUUGAUGUUGUUUUUGAAGAAUUGGCCGUCAAUCAUUUGGGUGACUUCGUUGAUAUCUUAAAGCCAUUUUUUUCCUUAUAUUUAAAAUAUAAAAGCACUUCAAUUUAUGAAAUAAGAAAUAUAAUAAUGGAAGAAUAUCAAAAACACAAAGAAUCUUUUGAUUCAGAAAAGCCCAGAGAUUUAUUAGAUUUGUUAUUGCAAGAAUUUGAAUACAAUAUCGAAAAUGAUGGUAGUAAAUGUCCAAAGAAGAAUGUAGAGAAAAUAGUAGGUAUUUUAAUAGAUAUGUUAAUGGGGGCAGUAGACACUACAGGUUCCUCUUUAGAAUGGUGUAUUUUAUUAUUGGCUAACUAUCCAGAGGUUCAAGAAAAAGCUUUUAAUGAAGUAAAGUCGUUAAACAAAGACCGUAUUAAUUUAUGUGAUCGUUCCUCCACCAUUUAUGUAAAUGCUCUAAUCAAAGAGGUACUUAGAUAUAAAUUUAUCUCACCAUUUGGUAUCCCACGUUCAUGUUCAGAGGAUUGCUAUAUUCAAGGUCAUCAUAUUCCACAAGGGGCACAAAUAAUUAUUCAUUUCCGUGGUAUUUAUUUCAAUGAAGAAUUUUUCCAAAAUCCAUUAGAUUUUGAUCCAUCAAGAUUUUUAUUAAAUAACGAUUCAUCAAACACACAAUUUGUACCAUUCGGUAUCCCAAAAAGAAACUGUCCAGGUCAAUCAAUUGCAAUGGAUGAGUUAUAUGCUUCAAUUUCAAAUAUUCUAUUAAAUUUUAAAAUAACAACUGUAGACAGUGCUCAAAUUGAUGAAACUGAAGUAUUUGGUUUAACUUCUCAUCCCAAUUUAUUUAAUGUUAAAAUUGAAAAAAGAAAUUAG